UAUUUAACACUCAGAGACAUUCAUUCGGUCUGAAGACAUGACAGCGGUGAAAGCCUGAAGCUCAGAGGAGGUGUUGCCAUUCCUGUCAACCCUCCUCCUCCUCCUCUUCCUCCUCCUCCUCUUCCUCCAGGAGCUGGACGUGUGACAUCAGCAGCAAUAAUGAAGGCGGCUCAUCAAUGGCUGAGCCCAGUGGCUAUAAAAGGAGGCCAGAGAGUCCAGUGCUCAUCAUAACUGAUUGGAGCUUAACACCAGAGGGAGACCGACUCCAUAGAAAACCUUUACUGAGGAGAACCCCCCACCACAGGUCGAGAAGGUCAACAUGCGAAAUAUGGACUUUCACACCAUCGUGUUUAUUUCACUCUGCAUUUUACACCUGUCCACUCUGAGUGAAGGACGCCCCCUCAGGAAGAGGACGGUGAGCGAGGUCCAGCUCAUGCACAACCUCCGGGAGCACCAGCAGCUGCAGGAGCGGCGGGACUGGCUCCAGCUGCGGCUGCGGAGCCUCCACACGGCCGCGGCCCGGGGCAGGAGCCCGGAGGCGGCGCGGGCGAGGAGGAGGAGGCCGCGUCCCGAGCAGCCGCCGGGGCCGGAGCUCACACCGGAGGAGAUCCAGGCGUUGACCUUCCUGGAGAAACUGCUCAAGUCCCCGCAGACGUGAUUUAAAAUUUAUUUUUAGUUUUCCUCUUUACAACAUUCUUCUUACCGAGUUCCAGGCUGCUGUCUAUUUCAAGUGAAACGUCUCCAGUUGUUAUUUUAAUUAUAACAAUGCACUUGUUUUAUUUAUUAUAUGUCUUAGGGGGGUGGUUGGGUUGGGGGUCACAAACUUCAGUUGUGACAUUUUAUUUAUGACUUUAUGAAACUUUUACCUUGUUGUGUUUGCACUUAAACUGAAGGAGGUGAAGAGCUGGACCAACACUGUUAUAUUUAUAAACCAGUCUAGUUUAAAUAUAUUUAAUUGAUAGGAUAUAGUUGAUUUCAUAUCAUGAUCUCAUAAUGCUAGUUUAACCAGUAUUUGGACUGUAAACGCAUGUUUUAGCUGUAAACUUGAAGUAAAUUGUAUAUUUUUAU